AUGUGUUCGGAGCAACCAAAGAAAGUCGCCAAAGUGACGAAACCAGAGCAAGGCUGUCAGUGUGCGAAAAGCAAGAAACAGUGCGUGAAGAAGGAAUGUCCUUGCCGGACUGUCUACGAGUUCUGCUCCAUAAGUUGUAAGUGCUGUGGCGAUUGCACGAAUGGAGCGGCGAAAUUCAGUGUACCGAAACAUGUGCAGAAUUGCUUUUUGGAUCAUAAACACGAAAGCAGUGAAAAUUAUAUCUAUCGAGGAGAUUUCUAUCAUGAAUCGAAAGGCGAGCCACAUGUUGAAGAGCAAUUAGUGGCUAACAUCUACGACCUCACUAAAUACAAUGUACGUAUAUUACCAUACCUCAUAAAGUAG